AAAACUCAAAGUGUGACAACCGCCGUCGAAAUUCUCAAUUUGCACAUCCAGGACACAUAAAUAGUUUUUUUUCCGAGCAAUUCUGUCAGUUUUACUGCGACUAAACUAACAUUAAGUUUUACAAUGCCUUUGUGACAAUGAAGUUAAAGAAAGUCUGUUUACUUCUUUUCGUUCUUUUACUUUUGCUGCUACUAAACGAGAUUAGUUGCAUCGCAAACUACCACCAAGAGGAGAAUUUGAUCACRGAUGAGGACCGCAGAGCCGCCAACCCUGAGGAGAAAACCGACCCUAAAAAACGUGGUCUUUACGACACCCAUGGGACCUACACCAAACCCCAAUAUCCCUCAGGCUAUUACGAAGCUGAAACUGUUUCAAACCCCGGCUAUGUUCCCGUUUUGAGCCACCAUUACCCCAGUUAUCCCUCAGGACAUGGCUCGUAUGGGUUGUACACCCCAAAUGGCCAUGGGUUUGGCUAUGGUCCGCCGGCCCAUGACCACGGCCAUGGCCACAACGCUUUGGCGCUGAAAGHCCUGCUGAUACCCUUGGCCGGGAUUGCCCUUCUGGGGGCCGCCGCGGCCCUUUCCACCAAUCCAGUCCUUCUGCAAUUAGGAGUGGUUAAUGGGCGAAGACGACGACGAAGGUCGCUGAAUUUGAACACUUUUAAUCCUCGAUAAAUGAGUUGUUUUUGAAUUAGUAAAGGAGUGAGUAGUU